CGCCUCGGGAGCCGCGCCGCACUCGGGCCGCGCGCUCGCCUCCCCGCGCGAGCUCCCCAGGGCCCCCAUCCAGCGCCGGGCAGGAGCCCGCGGCCGCUGAGCUGCGGCGGGUGCGGACUGCGCCUUUUGUCCGCGAGGGUCCCUGGAAGUUCGCGGCGGGACGCGCGCGGGGAGGCGGCCGAGGACGCCCCGCGUCGCGGGGGCCGGGGCGCCGAGCAUGGGCGGCGGGCGCUGGGCCGCGGCGGGAGUGCUGCUGGCGCUGGCCGCCGGGCUCCUGGCCGCGGGUUCGGCCAGCGAGUACGACUACGUGAGUUUCCAGUCGGACAUUGGCUCGUACCAGAGCGGGCGCUUCUACACCAAGCCGCCGCAGUGCGUGGACAUCCCGGUAGACCUGCGGCUCUGCCACAACGUGGGCUACAAGAAGAUGGUGCUGCCUAACCUGCUGGAGCACGAGACCAUGGCCGAGGUGAAGCAGCAGGCCAGCAGCUGGGUGCCCCUGCUCAACAAGAACUGCCACAUCGGCACCCAGGUCUUCCUCUGUUCGCUCUUCGCGCCCGUCUGCCUGGACCGGCCCAUCUACCCUUGCCGCUGGCUCUGCGAGGCCGUGCGCGACUCGUGCGAGCCCGUCAUGCAGUUCUUCGGCUUCUACUGGCCCGAGAUGCUCAAGUGUGACAAGUUCCCCGAGGGCGACGUCUGCAUCGCCAUGACCCCGCCUAACGCCACCGAGGCCUCCAAGCCCCAAGGCACGCCUGUGUGUCCUCCAUGUGACAACGAGUUGAAGUCUGAAGCCAUAAUCGAACAUCUCUGUGCCAGCGAGUUUGCCCUGAGGAUGAAGAUCAAAGAGGUGAAAAAAGAAAACGGCGACAAGAAGAUCGUCCCCAAGAAGAAGAAGCCCCUGAAGCUGGGGCCCAUCAAGAAGAAGGAGCUGAAGAAGCUGGUGCUAUACCUGAAGAACGGGGCAGACUGCCCCUGCCAUCAGCUGGACAACCUCAGCCACCACUUCCUCAUCAUGGGCCGCAAGGUCAAGGGCCAGUAUUUGCUGACGGCCAUCCACAAGUGGGACAAGAAAAACAAGGAGUUCAAAAACUUCAUGAAGAAGAUGAAAAAUCACGAAUGUCCCACUUUCCAGUCGGUCUUUAAGUGAUUCUCCCGGGGCGGGUUGGGGCAGGGGGGCUGAGUUUCGGGUGGGGGGGGCGAGAUGGGGGCGGAGCCGACCCCCUGGACCCUCAGUGGGUCCCACCCCCUGCUCCUUCAGCGGUGGAGGGCGCCGUAAUCCCAUUGCUUGCAGCAUCCCCCACCCGCUCCCUCCACCCCCACCCUCCGGACCCCAGUAGAGGCCGUAUGUAAAGCCGCACGCCCAGGUAAGGAACCCCAUUUAGAUUAGGAAGCUUUUAAAGACCUCCAGCGUGGAGCGGCUCGCCCCUGGGGAAGGGUGGCUGCCUCAGCAUCUUAACCAGAGACAGUGUCACUGAACAAGGACACGUUGCCAGGAGAGAAAGGGGACAGGCGGCAAGUGAGAGGCAGCCACCAACAGUAGGUCAGGCCACUUCUCUUUGCAUCAUCACCCUUUGCUUGUGGCACUCUCCAUUAAUCUGUUUCUUUGGAGCUAGACGCCUGGCUGGCAGGGCUGUCUGUUUUGGGGGCAGAAACAGACACACCACACACACACACACACACACACCCCGUUCCCCCGAAAAGCAUUUCCAGAGAGUGGCAGGUGUAGGAGGAGCUUGAGAAAUAGUGGGGGGCGGAGGGGGGGAGGGCAGGCACCUGCCCCACCCACACCUCUCAGCUACCCUGGAGGUGGAUCCCACCUCCCUUCUGUCACGUGGUCACGCAGCGGGGGAAGCACGUGCCUGCUUUGGGGUGAGGAAAAGGAAAUGCCCCAGGCACCAAAGCCCUGUCCAGUCAGAGACGAGGAUUUGCCCAAGAAGGCCAUGGUUAGUGGUUUUCCAAAAGCAUCGUUAAAGGAGAAAAAACAGAAAAAAAACCCCAAAAAAUUAGAACAGUCCAGCCAGUGGCUUAGCCUAGGGUGCAUUGUCAUGGGGUGAAAAGCUUAGUAUUCUGAGUCCUCUGGGUGUUCAUUUCACAUUUCUUAAAAGAACAAAAAACCCACUUGCUUUUCAAGGUUUAGAAAAAAAAAAAUCUCCCGUUUGGAAGGUAUGCAAAGGCCAGGGUCUCUGGGUGCCUUUGAGGCAACUUUCCAGCCAAGCGGCCGUGUCCCUGGGUGUUCACUGGUGGGAGGUGGCGUCUCCUAGAAGCAUAGGCUUGGCCCCCUUCCUGAGGAGUUCUGGGUUGUCCUGGCCCCCACACGAAUCAAAACUCACCGUGAGUCCCGUUCUUGUCUUUCCUAUGAAGAAAUGGAAUCGUUUCAACUCGAUUGCCAAGCGCUCAAAGACAUUCAAAAUACCCUUUCUGUCCUCUGGUACUUAAAAUUAUUUUUCAUUUCUGCAGAGGGAAAGGGAAGCUGGAAGGGUCCCCCUCCAAGGGAGAGAGUUUCAAAAGUAAAGCAUUCGAGGUCUUUAAGUCUCAAAGCCAUGGUGUUUAAUAAGUGACAUACAUAAACCCACUCACGGAAGCAGCUUGACUCCUCUUGUUCAAUGGAUAGGAAGGAAGUCCACCAAAUUACUGGUAAUGUCUCCCUCCAGUCUGAUUCUUUAUUCUCCGGAACAUCUCAAGGACUUCAGUGAUUGUCCUGUGGGCGACGGUUUGCAUCCCAUCCAGCACUGCAGUGAGGCUGUGUCACCCCCAUGGCUCUGCCUGACAGAAACAGUGGAAGAUUCUCUCAGCCUCUGAAGAUGCCAGUCUGAAAAUCAGCUGGCCAACUUUGUUACCUACCUGAGGUGAUCCUGAUCGAAUUAACCCCUCAUAAUUAGCGAUCCAUCAUUUCAUGCUUUUUUUUUUUUUUUUGGAUUUCUCUGACCUUUAAUCAAAGUGUUGGGGAACCUGAGUGAUUUGACUGUAAUUUUGGGUGGUUUUUUAAAAAAUGUAUAUAUAUAUAUUAGUUCAUUAGAAGUACGCUACUCUCCUAUUGUCAACUGAAAUUCAGAGCAGUUUCAUGAGUGCCUGGAUCUGGGUCUCCAUUUUCAUUGAUUAACUCAAGAGUUCUGUGCCCAUUUGUAUCCAUUUGUUUGCACAGAGCCUGUCCUGAAAGGAGGCCUCUGUCCAGGGUAAGGGGGUCUAGGGAGCAGGGCUUGUGUGGGGCGGAGCAAUCAGCACAGAGAGGUUACAAAUGAAAGAGGUGGCUGGGCUGUGCAGCUCUCUAAGUGGACCUCUCAGGCGGGAAGAAGCGGUGAGGUCAGAGAGUUCAAAACACAGUGAAAAUGUGCAUUGUGGCUGCAGGUUUUGCCCCAACCACAGCGGCUCGGGCCCGGGGUUCACUGUGGCCUGGGAUCAGCCUUGUCUGCAACACAUUAGCCCUUUCAGGGCAGAGGGAGGCCCUGGACCCAAAGCUGCCUUUUUCUCACCCACCUUUGUUUUUCUCAACGAAAGACAGAACAAAAACAAUGUGCAGACUUGUUGGCUUGAUCACUGAUUUGCAGAAGGGGUGGUCUGUGUGUGCUUGUAGUUAUGGUUGGGGCAAAGGUCCUUUUUGUAAAGGUUUAACCUAGUCCUUCUGGGUGGCAUCCCGUGAGGUCAUGGGCAGAACUCCGCCAAAUCUUUGAAGACUAUUAGUAGUUAUCUUAGAAGAUACGGAGUUCAGUGUUCCAAGAACACUUUAUUUUUAGAGCAUCUUGGCUCCCGGUGCUGUGGAUUCGGGCUCCCUGAGGCGGAAGCCAAUCAGAGCUCCAGUUUGCACUGGGAUCUCUAAAUUACAGAAACGCCAUUGCCCAAGCCUAGCAUCUGUUUUUUGCAUCAGACACCAAGUGAGAGUAGCUCCACUGUGACUCCGGAGCUGUUUUGGACUCAGAGGCCCCAUCUCAGAAGCACACCUUAGGUAACUUGGUCCUUCUGACUUUUUCACCAGCAGAUACAUAGGAGGCAGAUGAAAUGCUGGUUUCUUCUAGUUCCUUCCGUAGCACCCCUCUUAGUCGACAUCUUUGGCAGAAGCUUUGAAUACUGUGAAAACGUUUUAACAUUCCAUUUCAUUGGUGUGUUGUUGUUGCUGUUGUUGUUUUUAAACUGCAUUGUUACCCGAUGUUUUGAUGUUAUCACUUAUGUGAAUAGUAAUUCCUGUACGUGUUCAUUUUAUUUUCAUGCUUUUCCUGCCAUGUAUCAAUAUUCACUCGACUAAAAUUGCUCAAUUAAUCAA